GGAAGAUUGACCUUUGCGUCCAUUAGUCUCAGAGCAAUGUGAAUAGCUUAUCUACAUUCCCGAGACAAAUUCUCAUAAAUUAUUCAUGGCUGUGUCUAACAGAGAUAACAGAAACUGAGCACAGUUAGUCAAAGAUCUGUCCUUUAGAUUGCUACAUAACAUCACAGUGAGCACAAAUCUCUCUCACUACAGUAUGAGAGAAACAUUGUCAACUACGUUGAUUAAAUUUAGAACAAUUGUACUUCAAAUCUAAAUCCAUUAAAGAUAGAAUGACUAUAUGGCCAAAGGUUUGUGUACACCAGACCAUCACACCUACAUGUGCUUGUUGGACAUCCCAUCCCAGGUUUAUUCUUCCUUGCUGUCCACUCUUCUGGGAAGGCUUUCCACUAGAUUUUGGAGCGUGGGUGUGAGAAUUUGUGUUCAUUCAGCCACAAGAGCAUUCGUGAGAUCAGACACUGACGUCAGGUGAGGAGAUCUGGGGUGCAGUCAGUGUUCCAGUUCAUCCCAAAGGUGUUCAGUGGUGUUGAGGUCAGGGCUCUGUGCAGGACACUCGAGUUCUUCCACUCCAAACUUGGCACACUGUGUCUUCAUGGAGCUCACUUUGUGCACGGGGCAUUGUUAUGCUGGAACAAGUUUGGGCCUCUUAGUUCCUGUGAAGGGAAAUUGUAAUGCUACAGCAUUUCAAAGACAUUCUAUACAACUGUGUACUUUCAACUUUGUGGCAACAGUUUGAGGAAGAUCUACAUAUGGGUGUGAUGGUCAGAUGUCCACAAACCUUUGGUCAUAUAGUGCAAGUAUACAUUUACUAAAUUCAGCACAGGUACUUAUAGUGUAAAGGGAACAAAUAAGUGAAUCCAAAUUUCACUUAUUUUUGUUGAUAAGUUAGCAGUAAAUUAAUCAAUGACUGGGUGGUGUGAUGAGGCCUGACACAAAACGUGGUUACUGCUACAAAAUUCUUACAGGCUUAAAUACAUAACUGUAUGUACUAACUGAGUCUGCUUCAGGUGUUAAUCAUUAUGUAAGGAAUAAAACAGGGGUGUCCAAUCUUAUCCACAAAGUGCCAGUGUGGGUGCAGGUUUUCUUUCCAAUUAAGCAGGAGCCACACCUGAUUCCACCUCUUUAAUCAGCUGAUCUUGGUUUUUAAUAGACUAUCAGAUGUGGCUUCUGCUUGGUUGGAAUGAAAACCUGCACCACACCGGCCCUUUCUGGAUAAAUUGGAUGCCCCUGGAAUAAAACAUGAUGCUGUUAUAGGAAAAAAACUUAAAGUUACAGCUUUACCUGUGUGAGUGUUAUAAAGCACUGGUACUGGAGACUCCUUCCAUAAAUGUUAUAUAAACAUCUCACAGAAAAUUUCACCAUUUCUACAAUUUCUUUCUUUGUUUAAUCCAUUUAUUAUUAGAACUAAAUUAUAUAUGAUCUACUUACUAUUCACUUUGCUUGCUCACUACAUAGGGUAAAACAUAAUAGUAUUCUCAUUCUUGCAAUCGAUAUUUAGUUUAUAUUUAUAUGAUUAAAGUAUUGGCACCCUAAAGACUCUAUGUAUUUUAACAUCUGACAAAAUUUGCAUGUGAUAUUUAGUCUGAUUUCCUAUGAAUAAAGUAUUGGCACCCCUAGCUUUGUUUGAGUGACCCAGUUCCCUCACAACAAACUCUGAGGAACAGGUACGUAGCUUUGGAUUUAGAAUAGCAACUAUACAAAAAAAAAAAAAAAAAAAAGCCAUAGGAAUUAGUGUCUGGCCAUAUGAUGAUAUAAUAUCACUAUUGUGAUAAAUUACAUCACGAUACACUUUUCAUGUUUAUGUCAUGAUAUACAUCCCAGGUAAAAAUUCUGAAAGCAGCUGAUUUGAUAAAGUUUUCUACUGUUUUGAAUCUUUUUAUAGAUCUUCUUUUUUACAGACAAAAAUGUUUUUACAGAUUUUGAAAGCAUCAAAAACUUUUUGAUAUAUAAAAAAAUACCAAACUAAUUCUUUAAAGAAUUAUUUUUUUAAUUUAUCAGUGCACUUUUGCUGGCAUUUUUUAAAGGAAUCCUGUAUAUCAUGAUGCACAUUGCGCAGUGUAGAAAUGUCUUGAAAUAUCAUGAUAUGAUAUUUUUGUCAUAUCACCCACCCCUACUAUGACUUUUGCUCAGUCGUUCCUUACAUUAGGAAAACCUGCUAUUUAAGACUGAGAUCCGGGGCUUAGCUGUGUGAGAAGUCUUCAUCUGAAUCUGAAAUCAAACUGAAUCUUCCCAUUACAUCAUUUAAAAACCUGUAUAAGACGUACAGAUGCUAACAGUAACAUGUACCCUUCUAACACAGUGUUAAUAGUGAUUGAAGCUGGAUGGUUUUAGCAGAAGUUAAAAAAUGCUUUUAGAGACGCAGCAGCAGCUUUUUAAAGCUCAGUGUGGACACGUGGACGGUUCACGGAGGACUUUGUGGCACAGCCCGGCCUGUUUUUGGAAUCAUGAAGUGGCUGUGUGUGUGUGUGUGUGUGUGUGUGUGUUGAAUGUGGACUGUGGCUCCACAAACCUCAGGCUUUUCUUCCAAAAUCCUUCAAGCCUUCCCACUCACAAGAGGUUUGCACUCACACACACACACACACACACACAGACUUUGCGCCUCUCUGGAGCGAAUGCGUUGGUGUGUGAAGCUUAAACCUCGAUGCUGCUUAGCACUACAUAUGAAGCUGAGUGACUGUUUUGGCUGAAGCCCAGCAUUUUUGCCGUGUCAUUCUGAAGGCUUUUACUUUUCGGAUUUAUGUGAAAAGCAUGGCGUGGACGUUAGUGAGGGAUGUGGAGACUCUGUUUCUCCGUAGCGGCCGUUUCCUUCUGGACAUUUUGCUUUGGGUGAUGAGAAAAUGCUACAUCCGGACGAUGAUGUCGUGCUUGCACACCUGCUCUUACCUGCGCCAGGUGUAUCAGAUGACAGAGGGACGUAUGUGCCAAGUUCAGCUUCUGGACAACAGAAAACUGGAGCUGCUGGUUCAGCCGAAGCUGUUGUCCCGUGAACUUCUGGAUUUAGUCUCAUCUCACUUCAACCUGAAAGAGAAAGAGUACUUCGGGUUCACUUUUGUUGAUGACACUGGUCAGUGUAGAUGGCUGCAAUUGGACCGCAGAGUAUUGGAACAUGACUUUUCCAAGAAGUCUGGACCCAUCGCCCUCAACUUCCUGGUUAGGUUUUACAUUGAGACCAUUUCUCUGCUGAAGGAGCACACAACGGUGGAGCUGUUCUUCCUCAACGCUAAAACCGGCAUCUAUAAUGGUGACAUUGAGGUGGAGAGUGAACUGGUUUUUAAAUUGGCUGCUCAUGCUCUGCAGGAAGCUAAAGGUGAUUACACAAGUGAUGAGGCCACCAGAGAGGAUUUAAAGAAACUCCCAACUCUGCCAACCAAAGUGCUGAAGGAGCAUCCGUCUCUGGCGUACUGUGAGGAGAGAGUGAUUGAGCAGUAUAAGCUGCUGAAGGGUGUGUCGAGAGGACAGGCCAUCGUACAGUAUUUAACGCUGGUCGAGUCGCUGCCUACAUACGGAGUCCACUAUUAUGAAGUGAAGGAUAAACAGGGCAUGCCAUGGUGGCUCGGGAUCAGCUACAAGGGAAUCGGCCAGUAUGACAUCCAAGACAAAGUCAAACCCCGACGGUUGUUCCAGUGGAAGCAGUUGGAGAAUCUGUACUUCAGAGAGAAGAAGUUUGCAGUGGAGGUGAACGAUCCUCACAGGCGAGCAGUGACUAAGCGUACGUUCGGACAGACGGGUUUAGUGAUCUAUACGUGGUAUGCUAAUCACUCUCUGAUCAAAACCAUCUGGGUGAUGGCCAUCAGUCAGCAUCAGUUCUACCUCGAUCGAAAACAGAGCAAGGCUAAAAUGACCGCAGCCCGAAGUUUAGGAGACAUCGCUGUGGACCUGACGGAAAACGGCGCUGCAAAAACCACUAAACUUAAUCUGGGGACCAAAAAUCAGCUCAUCAUGGCCAGCAACGGGAGCCUCGUCUCAACUGGUUCUGCAGACUCGGAGAUGAACGAUGAGCAGAAAAAAGAGAAGCUGGCUGAAUUAAGGGUGAAGGAGAAAGAAAUUCAAGACAUCCUGAGCCAGAAAAUGGCCGAGCUGAAGGAGAUAUGCCUGAGGGAAGCGGAGCUGACGGGUAAACUCCCUAAAGAGUACCCGAUGAGUGCGGGUGAGAAACCUCCUGGCAUCAGGAGGAGAAUCGGCACAUCCUUCAAACUGGACGACCUUUUCCCAUAUAACGAGGAUCCGUACCUGAGGAACCUGGAGAGUCGCUUUGCUCUGCAGCGGAAGAUUGUGGAAGCGGCGAAAAAGCUGGCGUCUGAACCCGAUAUCGGCAAAACGGUGAAGAAGAAGCGGAGGAGGAACUGUCUGGAUGCCAUGCAGAAACUUCAGGAGAUCGAGGAUGAGAUGAACCGCUACCGUGUGAAGAAGGGCAAGAGACCCACGCAGAGAGCCUCGAGGAUCAUCGCUGAAGAACUGGGUCAGUCAGAAUGUAGCUCGCUUUCUGACAGCCUUCCUCUGGAUGACAAUGAUGUUAGUCAGAGGAGGCGAUCUCGCUCCCUGCAGUGCUCUCCGUUACUCAAUGCUCCUCCUCCGGUCAGCCUGGACUACGAUACGCAGAGACGAUCCUCCGAGAGCGACACAAACCACGACACUGCGCUGAGCAGACUGGAGUGUGAUGUUCAGUCUGGUUUGUACUACACCUCUCAUGAUGCCUCCUCGGCCAGCAGCAGUCCGUAUAAAACUGUCCCUCGCAGGCAGGCAGAGCUCCAGAACGUCGCACAGACCCUCGCCAUGACCCGUAACGCCUACAGCAGCAGCCAGCUUGGGUCUGAGGAUCCAGCCCACGCGUUCCGGCAUCGCAGCGGAAGCCUGGAGUCUCAGUCUCAUUUCCUCUGUUAUUCCGGUUCGGAGAGAUCCGUAUUUCCAGGUCGCCGCAGCAACAGCACCGAGGUCCUGGAUGAUUGUUCAUCAUGCACAAGUGUGUCCAGUGCCGAUUUCGGUCCUCCGUGUCCUUCCACUCCUCCAUACCUCAUCCCUUCCUCACUCCAUCACCAACACAGCACGGGCAGCAUGCCAAACCUGGUUCCCCACCACACACACACUCACACACACACUCACCCUCGCACACCGUACAGCCCUGCUGCAUAUUAUGUACCCGGGUAUGCCACUGCUGACUAUGAGGCCUACAGUAAUGCCAGUGCUAAUGGUGCUUAUGUAUACGAGAAUGAACUCGAAGGACACUACAAUGUCAACCCCUCAUAUCACGCGCACGGGUACCAUGGAAACGGGCGCAGCAAGAAUUACGGGAUGGUGCACAAUCCCUAUGCAACAUUAAGACCUCCAAGGAGCAGGAAUGAACUUUUGGCUAAAAGCAUGCAGAAGGCGUUAGUGGUGGAGCAUCUGAGAGGCUGGUACAACCGCAACACUGCAGGACGGCGGCCAGUCUACGGCUACGAAUAUGACCGAGGCUACCAACAUCAUCUGGGCUAUCAAACGCUACCAGCUCCAUUUAGCAGAUCCAGCAGGACCAGCUCUUAUUCAUCAGUAUCCUCUACAGCUAGCGGAGGGACAAACUGGCACGCUAAUGCAGAUUUGGGGCGGAGUGAGAGUGAGGCGGAUGGAGAUGUGACACCAACAUCCCAAAAGUCCUUUGCUGGAGCCUACAGUCCCACUCGCAGCAGGUUUCCUGCUGAAUGCAGUCCAUCCAGGCGCGCUGAUUCUCUCCCACACACUUCAGAAUGUGGCGAGGUGUUCAGCACUGAUACAGACCAUUAGAAGAAGCACAACAGGACAGGAGGACCAAAUCGCUACAACAGCAGCACAGCACACAUGGGGGUGAACUGUAUUCACCUAUUUCCGGGAAAAAGCAGAAAAAGUUGGUUUUUUUAUUGUGCCUUGGAAUGAAAAGUUCAGUCAGAGGGGUUUUAAUCAGAGCGUGAUAUGAAAAAAUGACAAAAAUUUGGAAGGGAUCCUUUCAAAAACUCUAUCUAAUCCAAGUUUGAUCAGAGGUAUCGGUUCUAAUCCACUGACACUCAUGCUAUGUAUUUAACUGAGACUGUAGUAAGCCCUGCCUCCUCAUUUUUUUUUUUUUUUUUUUUUUUUGUUAAUUGGUUUCUUUGCCUAAUAACAAUCGUUUCUGAACCCAGGCUGCUGGCAGCCAGACAAAGAAAAGGUGACUGAAAGAGACAAUAGCUGUGUCUCAGAUCUUGAGUUUCUAUUGUGAGCUCUGUGAGAGGUUAAUAUGCAGGUGAUGUACUAGAACUGCCAGGAAAGGAAGUGUGCUCUAUAUAGCAGAAGAAAAUAGAGGGCUCUCAAAACGCCCGAGAACACACUGAGCAAGACUGUUGCAACAAAACAGACACAAAUUAGGAGGGAAGAUUUUGGCCAGCCAUUUUGUUUUGUUUUGUUUUGUUUUUCUCUGGAGGCUCAAUGAUCUAUUUGUGUUUAGCACUAAAUGUUAGCUUUCGGUUACUUAUCGUCAAACACCCAGGUAUUAGAUAGUCAAGAACAAAGUGUAUAGUGUGAGAAUAGAGUGCAUAGAGCGCAAUUUGAGAAUGAACGUGUAAUGAAACCAUCAACAAUUUUCAGAUUUUUACAAAAUAAUGUUGAAACAAAGAUGAUGUACUGAUUAAUCAAAUCUUGUGAAAACACCAAAAUACAACACAGUAACAUUGUCUAAACACUGAUUUAUGAUUCAGAAUCCGUCUUAGUACUGAUCUAAAGGUGUACAGGUCAAAAUAGAUACGUGCUGAACUUUAAUAUCACCAUUAUGGGUUAUGGGAUUGCCUUGAAGGUCCUCAGAAGAUAUGGGCUACUUAGGCAGACUCCUCCCCAGGGAUAGCGUCCAUGCAAAAAACACUGUCCUUGGCGAUUAUCAAAGUAUAUCAUAUAACAAUUAUCGGUGCAGAGAUUUUGUGUUUUUGGUGAAAAUAAUGAAAUCUAGCCAUAUUAAAUCAAGCUGCCUUUUUUUACACUCUGUGUUUUAGUCCUCUAGCACUGUUUUUUUAGAUGAAUGAAUGUUAUGAUGUCAGGAGAAUUAGUAAUGUCCUCUAACUGUCUGUACAAAAGCAAACUGAUGUCUAAAAGAAAAAAAAAAGACAUAAAUAUGAAAAUGGUCCAACACUCUGAGUGCAUAACCGAAUAUCAACAGUUAUUAAACACUAUGUAAUAUAAUGUAAUAUAAUGGAAUGUAAUAUAGUUCUUUGUAGCACUCAAACUAGGAAAAUUUGAAAAAUCGGAUUUGUUUCUAAUAACUGAUAAAAUACAAAGCAGCGCUUGGUUGUGCACUCAGAUCUUUAGACCCUAAAUGAGCAAAUAAAAAAAAAACCUUCGUCUUAAACUCGCACACAAUAAGGAAAAAAUAAAGAAUGGCAAAAGAAUCGCUGAUGUUUGAAAUUUGAAUAUGUGACAAUGUUCUUUACCAGGAACUGCAUUACAAAACCGUGAAUUAACAAAUAAUUACAUUUUUUCCUCAGAAAAAAAGUUUCAGUGUUUUAAAAUGAUUUUAGUGUCUUUAUUAAGGAAAGCAUGCAAUGCAAAAAUGACCUGGAUGGAUUUAUUCGUAAAUCGCUAGUACGAACGUUUACAUAAGAAGCGUCCUGAGUGUGUGUAAAUUUAUGCAUAAGAAGACUAACUAAUGUAAACCUCGACUUGAUCAAGUUCAAAUCAUAGCAUGGAUUACUGCAUUUUUAUGUCUGGAAUAUACUGUCAAGUUUAAUUUGCUUAUUUUUAUUACGUUUAUAGUGUUUAGCAGACGACCUUAUCCAGAGCGACUUAUAGAAGAGCUUUGGAGUCUCGAUCAAAAACACCUCCUCAUGCUAGUUCACCAGGUCAGGGACUAAGAGUACCAUCAAGAACAUUAUGUGAAAGCAGAGCUGUAAGCCGUAAACAAAAG